AUGGCAACAUUAGUUUCUGAUUGGUCGACGUCUCGUGGCGUUAGAACUCACAGUGUAACAAAGAUGGCCGACUCGCAGCGUUGGUUAAACGUGUCGGCGGAUACUCUGCCUGAUCUGGGACCGGACCUUACCACACCGAUCGAUAUGGAAAAUGUUUUACUUAAUGGGAUCGACGAUAUGAUAAAGUACAUGUACCCAGAGGGACAGAAUCUAUCCGAACAUGAUUUAUUUGAUGGGCAACUCAGUUUAAACAACAUUAAACCUGAUCCUGAUUCUGAAGUGCUACCUGAAGAGAUUGGUUCUUUCAACUAUAUUAAAUCAGAAAAAGAUGACUCUGUGACAUCUGUACCUACUCAAACUCCUACACCAGCCGCUUCAGUUCCAAUUGUAUCUCCUUCCAUUCCCAAAACUGAAGAAACAACAAAUCUCCCUUCUGAUGUUUUCAUGAAUUUAAAUGAUGAAACUCUUAUGAAACUAAAGGCCUCACUUUUUGCUAAUCAAAGGAAAGAAGAAAUUAAAACUCAACCAACAGCAAUGGAAGUUACUCUUACAGCAGUUACACCAGCAGUAGUAAAUGCCAUGUCCAUUUGUCAGCCGCAACAAGCAGUCCAGCCAAUGAUUAUUAGCCAAUCACCACUGCAGGCAGUUACUGUUACUUCAGCCACACAGCAUCCAAUUGUUAGCCUUGCAUCCACACCAUCUCUGACAUCUUCACAGCAACUCAAUCUAUUGCUUCGACAGCAGCAGCAACAACAGCAGCAGCAGCAACAACAACAAAUUGCGGCAGCAACUAUUGCAACAGUUCCUCAACAAGUUGCUGCAACUUCUCCCCAAUCUCUUUUGCAGCAACAACCAGUUAUGACAACAACAAAUACAGUUCCUUCUUUGCAAACUGCAGCAGCAACAACAAAUCAAGUCAGCAUGCAGCAAUUACAACCGUUACUCUUGCAGUCACAGUUAAUAAAGCCUGAAGUGAAUGGUAAUGUUGUCACAUUGGCCAGUCCAUCUGUUACAGCAGUAUCUAAUACGCCCUUAGUGACCAGUGGUAAUACAAUUCUUACAACAAGCAUUCCCCUUCAAAUGGUUGGUGAGGGUGACAAGCUUCCCAUAAACAGAUUGACGAACAGCCCUAAAAACAAGAACAAAGGUGAAAAGAGAACUGCCCACAAUGCUAUUGAGAAACGUUACAGACUGAGUAUCAAUGACAAGAUAACAGAAUUGAAAGAUUUGGUUGUUGGCACUGAAGCUAAGUUAAAUAAAUCUGCCGUGCUACGAAAAGCCAUUGACUAUAUCCGCCACAUCCAAUUAACAAAUAAUCGCCUAAAACAAGAAAAUAUGGCUCUCAGGCUUUUAGCUAAGAAGCAGAAUACGGAAGACUCAUUGGCUGGAAUGCAAGUGAAGCUUGAUCCUGUUAUGGUGUUGACACCACCUGGAUCUAUCACUGGUUCUCCUUCUCGCAGUCCCCCUACUGCUAGCAGUGAUAGUGAAUUAUCUUCUCCCCCAAGUCCACUAUUUGAUGACUCCUCAAAUUCUGGGAAUGAUGGUCCAAUGUUUGAUAUGAGUGGCAUGCUGGACAGGUCCCGUAUUGCCACUUGUAUGUUCAUGUUUGGAGUCUUGGCUUUUAAUCCAUUUGGCUUCUUCCUAAAACCUGGCUCUCUUUCAUACUCUGAGCCAUAUCUUAACCCACAAGAAUAUGGUCGAAAUUUGCUGAGUGUUAACACAGAUAAUAUGGCUAUUGGUACAUUCUGGCCAUUCCUACCACAGUUACUGAACACAGUGUUUAUCCUCUUGAUGCUGAUAAUGUUGUUUGUGUAUGGAGAGCCAGUCAAAUCAAAGAAUAGUCAGGCUUCAGUUACUUACUGGAGACAUAAAAAGCAAUCUGACAAGUACAUCAAUCAGGGUGAUUAUGCAGCAGCUGCUCAGCAAUUGCACCUUGGACUUUUAGCUCUUGGACGACCACUCCCAGCAUCAAAGCUUGACCUUUUUGCCAGUUUGACAUGGCAUUGUUUGCGUCAAUUCUUGCACCGUAUUUACUUGGGAAAAUGGCUCAGCAACAGAGCAGGUGGACUGUGGUCAAAAGACUUUGAUGAAUCGGAAUCAUUAAAUUAUUCCCCCUCCACCUUUUUUCAUCCAUUUGCUUUCCCUUUUCCCCCUCGCCCGUCUCCCUUUUUUCCCCCUCGCCCGUCUGCUUUCCCUUUUCCCCUCGCCCGUCUGCUUUCCCUUUUCCCCCCGCCCGUCUGCUUUCCCUUCCCCCCCUCGCCCGUCUGCUUCCCUUUUCCCCUCGCCCGUCUGCUUUCCCUUUUCCCCCGCCCGUCUGCUUUCCCUUUUCCCCCCGUCUGCUUUCCUUUUCCCCCCUCGCCCGUCUGCUUUCCCUUUUCCCCCUCGCCCGUCUGCUUUCCCCUUUUCCCCCCUCGCCCGUCUGCUUUCCCUUUUUCCCCCCCCGUCUGCUUUCCCUUUUCCCCCGCCCGUCUGCUUUCCCUUUCCCCUCGCCUGUCUGCUUUCCCUUUUCCCCGCCGUCUGCUUUCCCUUUUUUCCUGCUUUCCCUUUUCCCCCUCGCCCGUCUGCUUUCCCUUUUCCCCCUCGCCCGUCUGCUUUCCCUUUUCCCCCUCCACCCUCCGCCAUAACAGUAGUACUUCAGCCUAUGGAAUCAACUUGGCUUUGUGUGCAGUUAAUUUAGCUGAAGCAGCAGGAGAUGCAUUAGAAUCAUCUGUUCAAGCAGAAAUAUUUGCCACAGCUGCCAUGACCAUCCAUUUAAAUGCUCCUUUCAAACUAAAGUUCUUCUCUCGUUACUUUUUGAGCAAAGUGCGCCAUGCUUGCUCUAAGAGUGGUGGAAAAGUACCUGCUGUAAUCCAAUGGUUGUGUCAUAAAGAGGGUCACCGUUUCUUUGUUGAUGGGAAAUGGAGCAUAAAUUUUGAUGAUAGUAUAUUUUCCACCAUUGAAAGCCCUGUUGACCCUCUUGCUGCUCUGACCAGAGAAUUUCGUGAAUAUCUUUUGGAGAAAUCUUUGAAUGCCUUUUUAAAUCCAACAAAAUCUGAAAGGAGCAGCCAUAUUAGUGAAGUUACUCAGUACACACAACUGUUGAAUGAUUGUUCCUGCCUUCAGUCAAGAGACCCAGCAAGUUUAAUACAAGAAUCUGUGAAACAAUCUGUUCAAGAUGUUGAUGAAGUUGCUCGUUGGUGGUCAUCCCUUGUUAAUGUGGCUACUUACUGGAUUACUGGGGACUAUGAGAAUGCUGAGAGACAUUAUUAUCUCUUGGAUGUCUUUCCAAAGAAACUGAUUGCUUCCAAUGAUCCACUACCCAAAGCUGCUUUCUUUGCCUACAAAGCUCGUCGUAAUUUCUUGUCGCUUACUCAGGGUAGUUCUCUUUCAUCUUUAUUGCGCCAAUGUGAUCGUGCAGGUCGGCUCCUUCGUGAAAGCUUCAAGUUUUCUCGUACAUAUGACAGAGCAGAAAUAGUAAAAGGCAUCCAGCUGCCUACUUGUGACCUCUUGCUGAGAACUAGACGAGAAGUGUGGCAGUUACGUCAAAGUCAAGAUCCAAACUAUACAAAACCUGCACCCACUGAACUCAUUGCUUUCCAGCAGGACUUGACAAGUCUCCGUCACAUUGCUGCAAAUGUCAAAUCAGCUUUGAAAAAAGUUUUCUUGCAUGAAGCUACAGCUCGUAUCAUGGCUGGUGCAAAUCCAAGUCGCACUCAACAACUUCUUGAUCAAAGUAUCAGAAGAAGAUUUGGCAAAAACAAAGAAGAUGCUACAAAUUCUCAAAGUCUAGAGAAGUUCAUUGGAAACCAUGAUGAAGCAUCAGCUUUGAUUCUUGCAAGUUGCCAUUUACCAUCAGCACCUGCCACCUCCGAAUCUAUGGUUGGGGAUAAUCUUAGCCGGCGCCAAAUGCUUGAAGAAGCAGCUCGAGUUUAUGACUCAUUACAGGACAAACGUGCAGUAAAUAUGUGUCACAGUUUGAUGAAGAAUCUGGAAGCAGACAAGUGUAAACCGUCCCUGGUACCUGGUAUGCGGCAUCUCCUUUUUCAACCCAUACCACAAACUGUGAAAUGUUGA